GUGGUGUUGUCGCUGUGGUUUUUCAUUUUCUUCCUUCCUUUUAGAUCUCUUGUUUGUCUCAGAUACACGUUGAAAAACAAUGGCCGGAAAAGGUGAGGGUCCUGCUAUCGGAAUCGAUCUUGGAACCACGUACUCUUGUGUCGGGGUCUGGCAACAUGACCGCGUUGAAAUCAUUGCCAACGACCAAGGCAACAGAACGACGCCGUCUUACGUUGGAUUCACCGACACCGAGCGUCUAAUCGGUGACGCCGCCAAGAACCAAGUCGCCAUGAACCCCAUCAACACCGUCUUCGAUGCAAAGAGGUUGAUUGGUCGUAGAUUCAGCGAUGCCCCUGUUCAGAGUGAUAUCAAAUUGUGGCCUUUUAAGGUUAUUGCUGGUCCUGCAGAUAAGCCAACUAUUGUAGUUAACUACAAGGGCGAGGAGAAACAAUUUGCUGCUGAGGAAAUCUCUUCCAUGGUGCUCAUGAAGAUGCGUGAAAUUGCUGAGGCUUACCUGGGUUCUACAGUGAAGAAUGCUGUCGUUACCGUCCCUGCUUACUUCAAUGAUUCUCAGCGUCAAGCCCAAGGAUGCUGCGUUAUUGCUGGUCUCAAUGUCAUGCGUAUUAUCAAUGAGCCUACUGCAGCUGCCAUUGCAUAUGGUCUUGAUAAGAAAGCAUCAAGUGUGGGUGAGAAGAACGUUUUGAUCUUUGAUCUUGGUGGUGGCACAUUCGAUGUUUCUUUACUUACUAUCGAAGAGGGCAUCUUUGAGGUGAAAGCCACAGCUGGUGACACCCAUCUUGGAGGAGAGGAUUUUGAUAACAGGAUGGUGAACCACUUUGUGCAAGAGUUUAAGAGGAAGAACAAGAAGGACAUAAGUGGAAACCCCAGAGCACUUAGAAGGUUGAGGACUGCUUGUGAGAGGGCAAAGAGAACCUUGUCAUCUACUGCUCAGACUACCAUUGAAAUUGAUUCUCUAUAUGAGGGAAUCGAUUUCUACUCCACCAUUACUCGUGCAAGAUUUGAGGAGCUCAAUAUGGACCUCUUCAGAAAAUGUAUGGAACCAGUGGAGAAGUGUUUGAGGGAUGCUAAGAUGGACAAAAGAAGCGUGGACGAUGUUGUCCUUGUUGGUGGUUCUACCAGAAUUCCCAAGGUUCAGCAACUACUCCAGGACUUCUUUAAUGGAAAGGAGCUGUGCAAGAGCAUCAACCCUGAUGAGGCUGUUGCUUAUGGUGCGGCUGUCCAGGCUGCGAUCUUAAGUGGUGAAGGCAAUGAGAAGGUUCAAGAUCUUCUCCUUCUCGAUGUUACUCCUCUAUCUCUUGGGUUGGAGACCGCCGGUGGUGUGAUGACUGUCCUGAUCCCUAGGAACACUACAAUUCCGACAAAGAAAGAACAGGUGUUCUCAACUUACUCUGAUAACCAGCCUGGUGUGUUGAUCCAGGUCUUUGAAGGUGAGAGAGCAAGGACCAGAGAUAACAAUUUGUUGGGCAAAUUUGAACUUUCUGGCAUUCCUCCUGCUCCCAGGGGUGUUCCACAAAUUACAGUGUGCUUUGACAUAGAUGCCAAUGGUAUCUUGAACGUCUCUGCUGAAGAUAAAACCACUGGCCAGAAAAACAAGAUCACUAUCACCAAUGACAAGGGUAGGUUGUCGAAGGAAGAUAUUGAGAAGAUGGUUCAAGAGGCUGAGAAAUACAAAUCCGAGGAUGAAGAGCAUAAGAAGAAGGUCGAGGCCAAGAACGCCUUGGAAAAUUACGCUUACAAUAUGAGGAACACUGUGAAGGAUGACAAAAUUGGUGGCAAACUGGAUCCUGCUGACAAGAAAAAGAUUGAGGAUGCAAUUGAGCAAGCUAUCCAAUGGUUGGACAGCAACCAGCUUGCAGAGGCAGAUGAGUUUGAGGAUAAAAUGAAGGAAUUGGAAAGCGUCUGCAAUCCUAUCAUUGCCAAAAUGUACCAGGGUGGUGCCGGUCCAGACAUGGGCGGUGCUCCUCCAGCAGAUGAUGAAUAUACUCCUUCUGGUGGAAGUGGGGCUGGCCCCAAGAUUGAGGAAGUCGACUAAAUCAUAUCUGCUUUUCAUCACUCAAAUUGUUUUCUUCUCAGAACCUAUUUUGAUGCUUUUUUGUUGGAUUUAACUGCAUUAUAAUUCUUCUUGCAUCGGAUACUCAUUAUUUUACCCGUCUGGACAUACCUUGCUUGAAGCAUUAUGUUGUUAUGUUUAUGUUUUUAGAUGGUUAGAUUGAGGAUACUCAAUUAUCUAGAUACAUAGAUUAUUCUAGAUUAUUCUGUUAUCUUUAGUCAACAUUUGUGUUAUGUGAAGUUCUCAGAACUUUUUUAUGUUU